AUGAAGGAAUGCAAGCCCAUCUCCACACCCUUGUCACUAAAACCAGUUCACAACUCUGGUGAUGAUGUUUAUCUUGACAACUCGUUGGAAUACAUAAGCUUAGUGGGCGGUUUGCAAUAUCUAACGAUAACCGGACCAGAUAUUGCGUAUGCCAUGAACGUGUUAUGCCAGAAAAUGCAGAAUCUGACAGUGGGUGACUUAAAUAAAUUGAAGCAAGUAUUGCGUUAUAUCAAGGGGACUGUUAACUUGGGACUUUUCAUUCACUCAAAUAGCUCGUUGAAUUUAUAUGGUUUUUCGGAUGCCGACUGGGCUGGUUGUGCCGAUACGAGACGCUCCACUAUGGGGUUUUGCACUAACCUUGGUUCGAAUAUCAUCUCUUGGUCGGCAAAGAAACAGACCACGGUGUCACGGUCAUCGACCGAAGCAGAGUACAGAGCACUCGCCUCUACUACUGCCAUCUUAUGUGGAUUGCAUUUGUCCUGA